GCACCCCCGUCCUUAACCAGAAUCGGCGCGAACCAAUCCGGCGCCGCUACCGCGCUAAACCCCCACCACGCGCCCUCCCACCACCGCCCCCACUCUGUUCCCACGCGCCCGCCCGCCGACGCGCGGCAGCCACACCCCGCCCGCGUCAUGGCGUCGUCCACCGCGGCCGCGGCGCUCACCUGCCUCCACCCGGCCGCGCAGGCCUCGCGGCUCCCUCGGGCCGCCACCGCCUGCUUCGCGCGCCUCCCGGCGGCCCACCCGGGGUCGGGGUCCUGGGGCAGGGCGGCGGUCUCCGUCGCGGCGCCGCGGCGCCGCAGGCGGGCGCCCGGCGUCGUCUACGCCGCCGCCACCACGGAGAAGAGCAUCUACGACUUCACCGUGAAGGAUAUUGAUGGAAAAAAUGUUUCUCUUAGCAAGUUCAAGGGAAAAGCACUGUUGAUUGUUAAUGUUGCUUCUCAAUGUGGGCUUACAACAGCAAAUUACACUGAGCUAUCUCAUCUUUACGAGAAGUACAAGACUCAAGGGUUUGAGAUUUUGGCGUUUCCAUGCAAUCAAUUUGGUUUUCAAGAACCUGGAUCAAAUACACAGAUAAAGCAAUUUGCUUGUACAAGGUUUAAAGCUGAAUUUCCUAUUUUUGAUAAGGUUGAUGUCAAUGGACCAUUUACAGCCCCUAUUUAUAAGUUUCUCAAGUCGAGUGCUGGAGGAUUUUUGGGUGAUAUAGUGAAGUGGAACUUUGAGAAGUUCCUAGUGGACAAAAAUGGCAAAGUUGUGGAGAGAUACCCACCAACAACUUCACCAUUCCAAAUUGAGAAGGACAUCCAGAAACUCACUGCGGCAUAAGUGCUUUUGAGUCCGGCUUCAGUUAAGCACUCCUGUAUAUAUUGCCUUUUUUUUGGGCGGAAACUAGAGUUUUACUUGUGAUUAUGGCUCUUGUGCGAUAUAAUGUUUUCCAUUCCUGUAAAAUAAUUCACUGAUAUGUAUAGACAUUUCCGGACUUCGGUUUUAA